AUGGUUCGCGUCAAAACCAUCGAAAUCGCGUGGCACAACGUCGAGAAAACAAACCAACCGAUUCUUUCGGUCGAUUUUAAUCCCCGCACGGGCGCGUUGGCGACCGCGGGCGCGGAUAACGAGAUCAAACUCUGGCGCGUGGACCGAUCGAUCGAUGGUGAGGUGACGGUGACGCACACGGAGACGCUGACGGGACACGCCAAGGCGGUGAACUGCUGUCGGUUUAGCGCGAACGGUCGAGCGUUGGCGAGCGCGGGAGACGCGGGAGACGUGUACGUGUGGCGAGAGGUGGACGUGGGGUCGACGACGGUCAAUUCGCACGGAGACGUUGUCGGGUGGAAGCCGAUGAAGACGCUGCGCGGGCACUCGGACGAUGCGUUGAGCGUCUGCUGGGGACCGAGGGAGACGCUGGCGAGCGCUUCGGUGGAUAACACGACGAUUUUAUGGGAUUGCGAGAGUGGUAACGGUGUGGUGCAGUUGCGCGAACACGCGCAUUACGUGCAGGGAGUGAGUUAUGAUCCGCGGGGGGAGUUUAUAGUCUCGCAGAGUCCCGAUCGAACCGCACAAGUGUACGCCGUUGUCGGCGGCGGUAAGCCGUCGGCGAAGAGCGUGAAACACGUGCGGGCGAUUAAGGCGAUUAACGACACGAAUGAGAGAGUCGAUGGCGGGCGCAUGGCGUCAAUCUUUCACGACGACUCUAUGACGUCGUUUUUCCGCCGCCCGGCCUGGUCACCAGAUGGUUCGUUCGUAGUGUUUCCGGCUGGAGUGUUCAAACGCCCGGGCGCCAAGCGAGCCAUGCAUACGACGUAUGUCUACGCUCGUGGGAACUUUGAAACGCCCGUCAUGCACUUACCAGGCGGCGAGACGCCAUCUGUGUGUGUUAGAUUCAAUCCUGUGCUGUUCAAGCGUCGAAAAGACGCCGCUGAUCCUACGACACCGUCAGACUUGCCGUAUCGCGUCGUCUUCGCGGUGUGCUCGCAAGACGGCGUCACGAUCUACGACACCGAUGAAACCGAACCGAUCGUGUACGUCGCUGGUAUCCACUGCACGUCUAUCACAGACUGCGCAUGGUCCCCGGAUGGUGGAAUGCUUGUCGUGAGUAGCACGGACGGUUUCGCGAGCGUCGUCGCCUUCGAUGAAGGCGAGCUUGGCGCGCCAGAGACUAACAUCCCCGAACACGUGAAGUCUUUGCUAGCGUCGUCGAGGAUAGGAGAAAGCGUGCCCGAUGAAGUUGUCGUUGUUGCGCCGGCGGUACCCAAUCCGGUAGCCGCUGGACCGGGACCGACGAGAAUCGCGCCAGUGCGCAUCGCGCCGACGCCCAUGUAG